AUGUCAGACCCGAACGAGGUCGAUCAGAACGGGAAUCCAGUACCAGAAACUCGAGUCUUAGCUAUUGCCAGUCAUGUUGUUUACGGCUACGUCGGCAACACAAUGGCCACUUUCUGCAUGCAGACCCUCGGCUGCGAAGUCGCAGCCAUCAAUACCGUCAACUUCAGCAACCAUACCGGCUACCACCAAUGGACCGGCACCCGCACCCCUGCCCCUCAAAUAACAGACCUCUACGCCGGCCUUCGCAACUCCAACCUCCUAGACUACGACGUCUUACUGUCAGGGUAUAUCCCGUCAGCGGACGUUCUACACGAAGUCACGACCAUAGCGCGAGAUUUGAAGUUUCGGCGAAACACGAUGAAUCAUGGACGGUUCUUUUGGGUAUUGGAUCCGGUGAUGGGUGACCAGGGACGGUUGUAUGUGAGUGAGGAGUUGGUGAAGGGGUAUAGGGAUGCGAUUGGGCAGGGGAGCGAGGGGCCGGAUCUACUUGUGCCGAAUGGGUUUGAGUUGGAGUUGUUGAGUGGUGUGCAUCUUGCUGGAGGGGGAGGGGGUAGUGAGGACGGAGGAGGGUUACAGAGGAAACCCACUAGUGAUAACUUUGAGGCUGAUCUGGGUCAGGUAAAGAAAGCGAUUGAGGUAUUACAUACGAGAAAUGGCAUGCCAAUGGUCGUGGUCACUUCCGUAAGAGUACAGGGGAAGCAGGAUGUUCUAUUUGUUGUGGGCUCGGAGAAGAAAUCCGAUGGCUCGAGUCGAUGCUUUGUCGUUGAGGUUCCAGUGCUAGACUGCUAUUUCAGUGGCACUGGCGAUAUGUUCGCUGGCCUCAUGGUGGCAAGGCUGAGGGAAGAGGCUGCUGCAGCGGGUCUGCUCAACAAGGCGAGUUAUGCCUCAGAGGACGAUGUGUUGGCCACGGACCUUCCGCUAGCAAAGGCGACGGUCAAGGUGCUAAGCAGUAUGUCGGCUGUGUUGGAGAAGACAAUGCAGGCACGGAAUAAGGAGAUGGAGAUGUGGGAGGGUGAGCGGAAGGGUAUGGGGCAAGUUGCUAGUGUAGAUCCGCAGGACCAUAAAGGCGAGGAAGGUGGUGAGGAAAGAGCAAAGUCGUUGGCGAGGACAAAGGCGGCAGAGGUAAGAGCAGUAAGGAAUGCGAGGGAUCUAAUACACCCGAAAAUAAAGUUCGAGGCGAAAGAGCUGCAGGAGUAA